AGCUACCAGAUUUGAUAAGUAAAACAAUUGUUAGCCAUUUACUCACUACACUACGCAUGCGCUCGACUUCAUGUCUGUCUUCAAAUCCGUUUCACAGAAUGAGAAUUGAAUUCAUAAAACUUUAUUAUUAGGGCGACGACACAAGGCAACCGAUUUUGUUGGAUUCUAUGUCAACUUGCAUGAAUUGCCGGGAUGUUACAACACAGUAGAUGAUCUGAGCAUCACGUUGCGCAUUUCCUAAAUUAUGUGCGGAAAUUCUAACUACUGAUAAUAAUUACAUAGUUAACUUUUACUCUUACUAAUCGUUAAGGGUAGCUGAAUUGUAUGUUUGACUGGACUGUGUUACUGAUUGUAAUUUGACAAUGCCGAUUUACAACUCAUCCUUAGCAACGGAAUUGUUACUAGCGUCAAAAAGGAUAACAUCAUUAGAUCCGUACGGAGAAGGUGAUUAAAUAAUUACAAGCUUUCUUGUUUUGUGCAGUUCUUGGAUAAUAGCAAUCACUACAGCUGAUAUCGUUUUGUUAGUAGGCCUAUUCUUGCCUCCUUUUUUUAAAACCAUGCUACUGUGGCACGCUAUUCCAGGCCUGACGCUGGUAUGGUUUAUUCUGUGUAGUUACGGCACGGCCAUUGAGUUUGUUGCGGAGCCUUUACAUACUACUGUAAAUUAUGGAGAUACUGUCACCCUACGUUGCGCUGUUAGGGACCAGGGGAAGAUACCAGUGUAUUGGCAAAAUACGGACACACAGCAAUAUAUUAGCAUGGACAGACAGAUCGAUCCUUACAUGGUAUUUGGAAAUAAAACACGAGAACGAAUGUCAAUCGCUGGGGACUCGAGGUAUGGUGAAUAUAACUUACGUAUUGAAAAUGUGACGAACCUGGAUGCAGGUUCCUAUGCAUGUUUAUACUCUGUCGUAUAUGAAUAUUAUUCAAGGACUGCAGAGAUCAAAGUCGUUAAUCCACCGAUGGAUGACUAUCCCAUGUGUAUGAUGAGUCCCGCCACCCCUGCGGCUAUCGGCAACGAGGUUGACUUGCUCUGCGUCAGCUCUGGUGGUAAACCUGCACCUAUGCUGAUAUGGACUAUGGGAGAUACUGAAAUCACUUCGGUAUAUGUAUCGGGAGGAGUAAAUGGGGUGACAAGUAAUAAACAUUCUUUAAGGGUAACAGAAGAUGAUCGAGGAAAAGUAUUUACGUGUAAAGCGACGCAUGAAGCGUUCAAGGUGCCGAAAACGUGUUCAAUAAUACCGAUCGGAUUUAACAUUCCCGUUUAUCUACGACCAAAAAUCAAAGACGCCGUGGAAGGGCGACGGGCUACAUUUUCUUGCUACACUGACAAAUCUUUAGAGCCUACGUUUCAUUGGUAUCUUGGAAAUAAACUACUCGAUGAGAAUGACCCACGGGUGACACCAACAAAAGACGGCGUUUCGAAGCUAAAGCUCAGAAAUCUCCAAAUAAAUGACAAUGGAACACACGUUUACUGUGUCAUCACAAACCGUUUUGGGGCAAACAAAAAUGAUAGUGCUUUAUUACUUGUAUUUCCAUCAAAUGUUUCUGCAGACAAGAGUACUGGUAAGGAAAAGGUACCUAAAAAGGAAACAGAAACAUUUAAAAACGGUCAUGAUGAAUCUAAAAAAGUUACAACCUCGAACCAUGUUACAAGAUCUAAAUUGCUCUUCUCUAGCGAUGGACCGGAAGUUGCAUUUGUUAAAUCGUCGAUUCCAUCACUCAGUACCAAAGAUGUAAAUACACCAGUAACCACAACACCUCAACCAAUCCUUCACGAAACUAAGUCAAGAGAUACGGAAUUAAAUGAGAGUAGAAGAAUAACACCUGAACCUAAUAAUGUUGUUGAUAGUGCAGAACAUAUUUUAACAACGCAAAAGGAUCAUAAUACAUUUGAAUGGAAACCGAACAAAAAUUCAUCACGUGGUACACAUACAAAACAACAAAGUGACGUCAUAGAGAAGGUAAUAUAUUCAUCGCCAACGUUAAAAACAGAAACUUCAUAUUCUUUGGAUAAAGUAGACGGUAUAUUUUCUAGAGGGCAGCAAACAAAUUAUUUUCAAACUGUAGACAUGGUAACUGAUAACCAAGAAGAACGAUGGAAAGUGACAGAAGUUGCAUCAUUAGACGAAUACAUUUCCUCAACAAAAUCAAGUUAUAACUUCAUUGCAAGCAAGCUGAAUUCACAGAAUCCUGUAAAAACAAAAACCAUCCCAAGUUCGUAUGCAACUACUAUUUAUAAUUCGAAUUCCUAUUUAGAACCAAGUGAAAGCCAAACUGAACAAAACGACGAAGCGACCACAAUAUCAGUGUUUUCUAACAUACUGCCUAUCCCUACGCUAAUAACGAAAGCUCCAACUAAACCAACUUCGCUAGAAUUUAGUAAAAGUCAUACUAAUGAUAACAAAACUAUGGAACCAGUAAAUUUUACACCAAAACAACACGUUAAUCCAACUUCAAACUUGUUUGAUGAAUUAUUAAAUUAUAGCAGAAGUGCACCCCCGUUACAACUUAGUGAGAAUUUGACCACGGAAGCCAAAAAAUCAAAAUCUACUUCGGAGAAUGUUAAUUUUUUUCAAAGGGAGUCUCUAAAUCAUGAAGGUGACACUGCAACUACAUUAGUGCCCUCAUUGUUUGGAACAGAUAAAAGUAUGACAAUACUGAAUGUUACAACCGAUCGUAAACAAAUUUCCAAAAAUAUAUCACAAAAGAUUGCUUUAAAUAAUGGUUUUGAAAAGUUGCAUUCUUCAGUAAGUUCUCCAUUGAAUAAAACAGUAGGAUCAACCCAGAAGAGUAUAACCGAAAAGCUGCACAAAAUUUUACAUGCCUUAACGUUGAAGUCUUCUAAUACAAUGACGUCAAACACUACGCGCUCGUCAGCAAAUAUUAUGACGACAGAAACAUCAAAGGUGUUAAUGAAUAGUACUUAUCCGAAUGGACUGCAAACGUAUAUCAAAAAUAAAUUAAUUACAGAAAAAUCAAUCAAUAAUGCUGAGGGAAGCACGUCCUCAUCUACAUUAAAGUAUAUACUAAAGAAUAGUAAUACGCAAUCAAUUAGAAAUAAAAACAAUCAGAGUCCUAACACCAGGGGUAUGGAAGGCAUUCGUGAAAAUAUGAAAACUCUUACUAAGACCUCUCAAUUACACUCAAUAGGAAAUAAACUGACAUCAACGCCCUCUACGGGUAAAAACCUAAGUGUAUCAGAUUUUCCGGAGGAAGUUAUUUCAAAAGAAUUAUCUACAAAAGGCAUUGUUGGUAGUGUAGCAACGUUUUAUACUACAAGUUUACCUAGAGAUCAAACAGAUAUUCCUCUUUCGAAAAUAUAUAAUCGAACGGAUAAAAUCGUAACAGCUUUAAGUGGACCGACUUCAAAUUUUGCAACAAUAUUUAAUUCAAGCGGGAGUUUGCAUAAUACAAUGAGAACAAUGUUACAUAAACAAGUGACAAAAUCAGAGGCGGUAGAUUCGAAGAAACCGUACUCGAAUAAUUUCACAACAGUUAAGAACUACAAUGAGAUUAAACUAAAGAGCAUGGUAACUGAUUCGAGUUAUAAUCAAGAGGAAAUCAAUACCUCCCCACAGCCAAAUACACAAACUGAAUACACGCUAAAUGUGUCAACAAAUUCGGAGAAACCAAGAGUGUCGAACGUACAUGAGACUUUUGCGUUUACUACAAUUGCGCCCUCUGAUGGUAAUGAAAUGUCAACACAAACCAAGAUCACGGAUUGGUCGACUCUUAAGACGUCAACACGCCCGGAAAAAACAACAAUCUGGAGUUCACGUGAUAGGAAGAUUACUGUUACGCCCGCUAUUGACAGUAAUGUACAGAAAAGUUCAACUUUGUUUACUUCGAUUUUAGAGACAACACCUACUAAACACUUUAACGAAAACGAACCACAAUUUACUGCAGUUCAGCCGACAUACGAAUUAGCAAAUCUAACAGACACCUCUAUGUCUAUAUUUACGUCAACAUUUAAAUUAACUGAUAAGCACGUGACACACAUAAAGCCUAUAACAGCAAUCGUUAGAAAAAUUAUUCUUAAUUCCACAAUGAGCACCGUUUCGACUAAACAAUUAGGUGAUGACAAGACAACUAAUUCAAAUUUAGAGAGCACACAAAGUGACAUAGUUAACGAAAAUAAAAUUAUUUCACUAAAUUCGGUUAGUACUACAUUGGUCAAAAUACCGAGAAGUCCCUCUGUGGUAGCAGAAAGUUAUAAGACUGUUUACGUUAGACCUACAUUCAUAACUAGGCCUACCGUAGGAUUACUUCCUUUUGGGGGCAAUGGGGAUUCAGACAAAAUUCCCCCAGUAAAACCAUUUCGAACAGAAAAUCCGGCGAGACAAUCUGAUAUUUUUGAAAGCUUACCACAAAAUCCAAUAACCACACACGAGAGACCAGAGUCAUCUAAACCCAGCAAACUCCCAAUAACCAGUAUUUUUAGAGAGGGCGCUGUUCCUAUUGGUAAUACUGUAGCCACAUUGCGGAUAAAAACCGAAAGAUCGAACGAAAGCCCCAUAAAACCAGAUGAUCCGCUAACAAGUGGAGAUGAAGAAGAAGAAAAUAAAGAAACUGUGCGUAGAAAUGGAAAAAUAAUAAUGGCAUCCAUAGUAGGAAUGGCUGUUUUUAGUGCAUUUAUAUUAACUAUUUUUUCAAUUCUUGUAAAAUGCUGCAGCAGUAGUGAUGAACCACGGUAUCAACCACGUCGGUGGAGCUGAUCAUUACUAUGUAUAAUAAAUUUGUAAAAUUGUAAAAUAUAUUCAUUCGGUGAUCAAUCGAAUUUAGAUAGCAUUUAAUAGAGAUUUUUUUGUAGUUUACAUAUAUAUCACAUAUAUGGUAAGAUAUUCGGUCUAACUGUUCAAUUCAACUUCCAAGAAAUAAUACAGUAAACCUACUUGGUUUUACAUUUAUAUUUCAAUUAACACUAACAGUCGCCAGGCGUUACGUAUAACUAUUAUAUGGGGCAUGGAACACUAAUGAGAUAUGUUAUUUUUCCAAGUAGACGAGUAAGAAUCACUAGUAUGUUUGGAAUUUUAUUGCCUUGGUGUUACCUUUAUAAAGAAAAAAAAAUGAAUACCGUACUAUUUCGAAGAGGAAUCACAAUUAGUGAGCAAGUCAAUUUCCUGUAAAUAAAUCCUUGAAAAAACUAAGCUCAAAUAUUAGUAUGUUACAGUAUAACUAUAUAUUUACAGUUUUUGGCGAAAGAAGCGUAUUCAAAGCAGGAAACGAAGCUCUGUUCUUAUUUGUGUAAGAUUAAAAUUAAUUGGGCGGAAUAACGAUGACAGUCACUGAAUUAGUGCGUUGAAUGUUGACGACUGACACCCCUACCAUAUAGCUAUUUUUUGUAUAAUAUUACUCAAUUUUGCUACAAUACAUAGACACAAUAUAAGAAUAAUAAGUAGGGCGUUUAUUUGCCUGGUUGAUAAAAAACAUAGUAAAGAUGAUGAUGAUGCUGAUGAUGAUGAUGAUGACUGCGACGACGACGACGACGACGACGACGACGAUGAUAGUGACAACGUCGAUGACGGUGGUGGUUACGACGACGACAAUAAUACCCGGUUGUAUAUAGCGCUAUAGCUUUCGGAAGGCUGUAAAGAUGAUAAAGUAAUUAACAUUAAAUAUAAAAGAUUUAAAAAAAAA